UGCUGAUCGAUGUAUCGGUGUUGUAGCGAUGUAGCCAGUGUAAAGAUCAAGAAGAUUUGGGUGUUCGUGCGCCAACCGGAAAAUCUCUCGUGUCCAUCUUCUUCUUCCUCCGGUUUUGAGUGAGAGGAGAGGUAGCCAGGCCCUAGCGGCAACAACAAUUGGUAUUCAGAGCCAAGUUCGAGGGGCGGCCACGGCGCGCGGCAGCGUCCGCGGAGCGCGCAACGGACAUGGAGGCUGCAGCGCGUGGAGAGCGUGUGUCGAUUGCGACGGGCGACGAGUCCGCGGUGGUGCGGCGCGAUGCCGUGCGCGCGACGAGCAGCGGCGGUCGCGGAGGCGAGGAGGUCACGGAGUACCUGCGUGGUUGCGCAGAGGCCGCGGCAGCUCGGCGCGACGGCACGGAGACACGGCACGACGGCGCACAGAGCUGCGGGUUUCGGCAGCAACAGCGAGUGGCACUCGACGGGGCGCAGCGCGGCGGUAGCUGCAUCGGCGGCGGUGCACGACAGCGGCCGGCGAGGUGGCCUUGUUGCACGGCAUCUGCGGCGGCUCGUGCUGAAAGCACACGGUGGCAUCGGGCGGCAGCAACCAUGGCGACGAGCUUGUCGCUUCGGGCGCGUGUAUGGGCGCCCGCCGAGUGCGCUGGGCGCGUCGGGUCCACGGUGGAUCGUGCGUGUGGUGUGCACGGGCGUGUCCGUGCACGAGUGCAGCUUGUGUGCGUUCUGUUGACGAGAUCGGGGGAAGCAUGAAGUUGGUCCUAGGCGGGCUCGCACGAUCUGGACAUGUGCGUGCAUGUCGCGGGAGUGGACAGAGCGGGCCGGACCAGGCGCUCGGCAUGGACUGAUGGGCGUAGGGUACGUGCCCUGGUGCGCCCCAGGGUAUAAGAAUCCCCUGUAUGCGUUGUAAUAGGUGUGGCUCGAGUUCGUGCUUGAGGAAAUCGGCCGUAGUUAGGGCCGGAGACGUCAUUGCACCGGGAAGAUGGUGGCUGCGACCGCAUGUGGUGCUGUCCCAUGAUCACGAGUUUAAGAUUAGGAGGGAGAAUAUUAGUAGUAUUCUUGAUUACACUUGUUGUUAGUUGCAUGCAUAGGUUAGUGCAGCAGGGGCCGUUGUGAUCUGUUGGACGUUGGCCGCGUCGUGCGCGUAGGAGCAUGUUGUGCGUGUGCAGCAGAGCGUGCAGAUCGUGAAUGAGUUGGUGAGUGCAUGCGUGCGUGGGAGAGUGGCCGAGGUGGGCAGCGUCGUGUGUGUGCACCUGUGCUGUGCUAGCCCGGGUAUAAAUCCCGCCGUGUACUGCUGAUCGAUGUACCGGUGUUGUAGCGAUGUAGCCAGUGUAAAGAUCAAGAAGAUUUAGACGUUCGUUCGCCGGUUGGAAAAUCUCUCAU